UCUAAAUGACAUUAUUCAAAAUCAAUAAAUAUCACAGUGCUACAGCUCAGGAUCAGAUAAACAUAAAAAUUGUGGUUUGCUUUUCUUUGUAACAGAAGAUGAAACAUCUCAUUUUGCUUACAGGCUGAUAUGAUCAGCUCUAUUUGUAGCUACAUUACACUGUGACCGCAACAGAUCACACAUCAAAAUAACAAAAUCAUGUAAGUGGAAUAAAGCUAAGGGAAACUAAAGAUGAACUAUUUUAAAGAAGCUACAGUUAAGCUCUUUAUAGUGAGAUGAACACAGCACCCUUCAUUUGUGUAUGUUAUCUCACCGCUAAGUGUCUUAAAUUGCUGUGAUCUAGUGGUUUUUAUACAUGACACCUUUUCUAUUAUAUUUUAAAGCUGAGCAAAACAUUCCUCUUUAACUACACUACAGCUUGAAUGUAAAACAUUAUUUCUCUAGUACUAGCUGAAGGCAAGCAAGACAAACUUUCUUUAAAAACAGUUAAAGAUGGCUGCAGAGCACAACCAGGAACCACGUUAUUCAAGUCUACAUUGGCCUGAGGUGUUACAGUCUAUUAGUAUAGAGACGUGGAAGAACACACAGGAGGAGUUGUAAGAAAUGUGGUGUUUUUAUAUUAUUUACCAGCAAAAUGGCAGCAGGAUGAAUAAAAAUAAUUUAUAAUUUAUAAUUUAUAAUAAUUUUAUGCUUUCAAAGAAUAUACAACAGUUAGACUGUAAAAGCUCAAAUAAUCAUAUUUCAGUUGUUACACCUAAUACAGUUUGACUUGAGUCUACAUGUUGGCAUUAACUUAAAACAUAAAACAGUGGUGGAAGAAGUACCCAGAUCCUUUCAUUAAGUAAAAGUAGCAAUACUACAGUGUAGAAAUACUUUGUUACAAGUAAAAGUCACAAGCAGGUUGAAUGUCUGUUGGAGAAUAUAUUGCUGUGGUAUACAGAUGUGUACAGCAUGUUUGACUGUAGUAUGCAGAUCCUUUACUCAAAUAAGUGUAGAAAUACUCCAUAACAAGUAAAAGUCCUGCAUUCUAAAUGCUACUUACAUAAAAGUACAGAAGUAUUCUGUAAGGCAUUCUGUAAAUUCAGCAAAAUGUACUUAAAGUAGAUGUAGUGGAGUAAAAAUGUACAAUACUUCCCUCCAAAAUGUAGUGGAGUAGAAGUCUAAAGUAGCAUAAAAUGUAAACACUUGGGAGCAUGUACAUGAACAACCUAUUCAUACUUUUACACUGUUGGAAGCGAGCUAGUUACAUGAUUUUAGGCUUUUUUUCUGGAUGCGAAUCUGAUUUUAACACCACGGUAUAAAAGGUGUGAGUUCAAAUCUGCCUAACUAGUUAGAAGGAAGUGCCUGUACAGGACAGGCAUGUGCUGUUUAAAUGACGUCAUCUGCUAAAUGCAGUAAAGCAGGUUGAUCGUGAAACACCUUGGCCUGGUAUUAAUGAAGGAGUGUAACAACUUAAACGCUGUGGCACACAUAAUAAUAAUAAUAAUGAUAGUGCACAGAGGGUUGAUUGGCAUCUACAGUCAGUUCACCGACGUCACAGCUGUCUGCGACAAAACGUAGUGUAAGCGCUCAUUAAGGCAUCAGCUGAUGCUACAGCUUUUCAGCACCGCGGACAGCUCCGUUCUGCAUACCGAGCAGAUGGCGACGGUUAUAAAAGCCCCGCAUGGAGCGCUUCUGCACCGGAGAUUCACCGCGACAGCAUGAUUCACAGCAUGGAUAACAGAUUGGACUUCCCGCACAGAAUCACUCAAGAUGAGUAUUUACAAUACAAACCAAAACGCUCGGCGUUAGAUACCAGCGUCGUGAUUAGGGGGACGUCCACAGGCAUGAAUUUGAGCAACCCUUUAUCUGGAAAGUUUAAUGAGAAGGAAUUGAUGCAUGGCUUGAACGAUCGUCUUGCGGGAUUCAUAGAGAAGGUGCACCAUCUGGAGUACCAGAAUCAUCUGCUAGAGAGAGAAAUCGAGGAGAUCAGAGGGAAAGCGAAACCCGCAUCUUGUUUGGAGGAGGAGUAUGGACCAGAGCUCAGGAAACUGAGACAGCUGGUUCAGGAUAUCACUCAUCAGAAACAUCUGAUUGAAAUUGAACAUCAGAAUUUAGAGGAUGAACUGUCCGACUUGAGAAGACAACAUGACCAGGAGGCGCGUAGUAGAUCAGAUGCCGAGAGCAACAUUGUGGUCCUCAAGAAGGACAUCAGUGACGCGUAUCAGGCUAAACUACAGCUGGACAAGAAAGCACAGGCUCUCGUGGAUGAAAUACACUUCCUGAAAAAAAGCCACGAGGCCAAGGUAUCAGAGAUGUUUGACCAAAUCCAGGAUGCGCAGGUGACUGUCGAGGCGCAUGAAUUUGGCAACCCCGGCGUCACUGCGGCACUCCGGGACAUUAGGGCACAACUGGAAGGUCAUACUAUGCCCGACGUCCAGCAGGUAGGAGAAACUUUCCGAUCUCAGUUUGCAAGAUUAACGGAGGCAGCUGAGACCAAGAGAAAGGCUUUAAAAGCGACCCAGCAACAGAUGCAGGAGUAUAGGAGGCGCCUGCAGGCUAAGAACAUCGAACUGGACUGCGCCAAAGGCACCAGGGAAGCGCUGGAGAAACAACUUCAUGACGUAGAGGAUCGCCACAAGGAAGAAAUGAUUCAUUACCAGAACACAAUCAAAGAACUUGAAAAUGAGCUCAUAAACUGCAAAUUUGACAUGUCUGGUUACCUGCGGGAAUACCAGGACCUGUUAAAUGUGAAGAUGGCCUUGGAUGUGGAGAUACUGUCUUACAGGAAACUCCUCUGCGGUGAGGAGGCUCGGCUAUCCACGAUGUCAGACACCCACAUCUCCUUGCCCUACAUCUACCAUCAGUCCCCCGUUUACACCCUGCCUUGCCUCAGCCGACCGGGAGGCCCGCACAGACGAGCUGAGCCCCACUACAAGUUUGUAGAGGAGAUCAUAACAGAGACCACCAGGGAAAUUGAGAUGUCAGAAUUUGAGGAGACAGGAUCGGAGGAGACAGAGGUGGGAAAGGAUGAGCAGCAGUGUACCAAAAGAGAUAGAAGGAGCAGUGAGGAAGAGAAGGAUAAUAAAGACAGUCGAGAGGAGAAAGGUGAGCAGAUGUCUGAUAGUGAGCAGAAUCAAGGAGCGUCAGUAGGCUAUUCAGUGAAUGGUGGUGAUGAUGGGAGUCCUGGUGAGGCGGAUGAUGGUGAAAAACGUCAGGAAAGAAAAGAAGAGUCAGAGGAGUCUAAAGCAGUUGACAAUAAAGGGGACAGUGGCAUAGAUAAAAAUACUCAAAGCAAAGUUUUAUCAAGUGAGAGCCUUGAUGAGGAAGAAAAUGAGCAACAUCAAAAAGUAGCUGAAAACACAGAAGAGAAAGAAACUGCAUUGACGGUAACAGUCCAGAAAGAUCUCUCUUCAAAACCAGACGAGUUAGAGCCAGAGCUCCCUGCAGAGGAUGAAUGUGUGAAAAAAUCUGAUGAUGCUAAAAAAGGAGAUGCUGAGAAAGCUACUUUCAUCUCAGCUCAAGCGAAGAAGCCUGAUGAGACCUCGGCCCAAGUGUCUACAGAAUCAGACAAACCUCAAGAGCAAAGCAGUGUUGUGCAAGAUAAGGUUCACACUUCAGAAACAGCUGAGAAAACCACAGAUUUGACAGCAGAGACAAAGAGCUCUCUCUCCGCAGAGACAGAGGAGCUUUCUGGAAAAGCUGAAGUAUCUUCAAGUGCAACACCCAAGAGUGAGGAAAAGGAAAACAGUCACACAGAGCCAAAGGAAAUCAGUAAAUUCAAAGUUACCGAAGGUGAGGGUCAACUAGCAAAGAUCAUUCAAGAUGCUAGAUAUGACAGCAAUAAAGGCGAAGAUAUAGAGUCAUCUCUUAAAUCUAAUGUGAAAAGUCUUCCUGAAGUGGAGGAUCAGAAGCCAAACAGUGGGGAGAAAACCCAAACAGUCCAAACUUUAUUGCCAAAGGAAAAGACAACUGUCAAUGCAGGAAUCAAAGAGUUACAUCAGGGGGCACCAGAAAGCAGCCAGGGUCAGAAAUCAAAGCUGUCUGAAGGGUCAGAGAAAAUAAAUGAUCCUCAAGGUAAAACUGAGAAGGUGGAGAGUAGUAAGUUAGAAAAAUGAGAGCAAAGUGUACUCAAAGCCAAAUAGAGGAAGAUAUCUGCUGAAGUAGAGGAAGUGAGGAUAAAAGACAUUUCCUUAAGUCAUUUUCACCUUAAAUUUAACGAGACAGCAGUUGAUAAGCAAAUAUCAGGGAUAGUGAAGCUGAAAAUAGAGAAUGGCUUAACUAAUGCAGGUGCAAAUUGAAAGGCACAAGCUAAGCCACGCAAAGAGAAGGAAGCUCAAAGAUGUGAUCUCUCUUCAGAACAACCACUUGAAAAGGAGAGAGCAUGAUUCUUCUAAUGCAACAGCUUUGCCUUUGAACUUUAAAACCAACUUGUGAUGUAUUCAGAUAUUUUGACUCACCACUUAACUAAUGUAAUCACGAAUGUAAAAGAUGCAAAGUUACAUUUGAAUUUGUGUUCAUCUUUAUUUGCUCUGGUAUGUGCUAACAAAUAAAUGCAAUAUCAAAAAAAUCUUCUGAAUGUUUUGCUGGCCACCCUGCCAAGAGCUACAGUAGAUAGAACUCUUUUGUUUCUGCAAUGGACAACUUAAUAUGUCUGCUUACACUGACGGGGCUGCUUCUGAUUGAUUGAGUAUAUUCUUAACCUAUAAAUGCUUGCUUUCCCCCCUCUUUCAAUAAUAUAUCAUCUACCAUAUUUCUUGUAACCUUGUACCAUUUGUGGGUAAAACAAUCAAUCUUGUUAGCGCACACAUGAUCAUCUUUGCAAUUAGAGGGCAAGACAAGUCAUUCAUAACUGGGCAUUAAUAAAAUGGUGAUCUCAUCUCAA